AUGGGUGCCUGCUCCUCCAACAGACGUUCAAAUUCCCGGCACCCUGAAAGGAUACCAGUUUACGGAAAAAAACUCAUCUUCCAGCAAAGUUUCAAUUUAUUCAUUCAUUUAUUUCUUUUUCUUUCUUUCGUUCUUUCGUUGGUUAAUUCUUUUUUUCUUUCGUUCGUUCCUUCUUUCUAUCGUUUUUUCUUUCUUCCGUUCUUUUUUCUUUCCUUCUUUCUUACUUUUGUUCUUUCCUUCUUACUUUUGUUCUUUCUUUCUAUCAUUCAUUCUUUCUUUCUUUCGUUCUUUAUCUUUCUCGUUCUUUCUUUCAUUCUUUCUUUCUUUCGUUACUUCUUUCUUUUUUUGUAUUUAUGCGUUCUUUCUUUCUUUCUUUCUUUCGUUGGUCUGUUCUUUUAUUUCUUUCUUUCUUUCAUUUGUUCGUGCCUUCCUUCUCUCUUUCCUUCUUCCCUUGGUUCGUUUUUUUGUUUGUUCUUUUUCUUUCUUUCUUUCUUUUUCUUUGUUUCGUUCUUUCUUUCUUUAUAUUGA